GACAUUUAUCAAAAGAGAUUAAGAAGAUCUCUUAUUUAAAUAACGGAAUGAACAAUUUAGUAGUUUACGUCUUAGUUUUUGCCUCUAGUUUUGUCCAUGCAGCAAGAUUCAAUACUUGUGCGACUGGAGAAGUUUGCAAACCUCAAAAUGAAUGUGAAGCUGUAAUGAAAAUAACAAGUAAAGGGGGAUGGACUCCACAAGAAAGAGCAUACCUUAAAAGCAAACAUUGCAACUAUGUUAAUCGACUUAAUCACUUCUGUUGUGCUUCUGAUACAAAACCAGAUCAUCUUCCAGAGGCACCUAAAUGUGGAAUAUAUUUUGGUGAUAGAAUUGUUAAUGGUGAAGAUACUAACAUUGAUGAGUUCCCAUGGUUUGCUCUCAUUCAAUACUCAAAACCAGGGAAUAGAAUCGGACAUAACUGCGGUGGAAGCUUAAUAAAUGAUCAAUACGUCCUCACAGCUGCACAUUGUAAAAUUUUAGUUCCGAAAACAUGGAAAAUAACAAAAGUAAGACUCGGAGAAUGGGACAUGAGGACAAAUCCUGAUUGUCAAGAAGAUUUUUGCAAUGAUCGAUAUGUUGAAGUUCCAGUUGUCAAUAUCCUCGUGCAUCCAGAAUAUUAUUUUGAAGGAGUUGCUCAAUACCAUGACAUUGCUAUCCUUAAACUAGAACGUAAAGUUGAGUUUAGUAAUUGGAUCAAACCUAUUUGUCUUCCAGUUGAUGCUAGAAUUAGAAGUAUGGAUUUCACAUCACAUAGUUUAGAAGUUGUUGGUUUUGGAUUAACAGAAACUGGAUUUACAAGUCCAGUUAAAAAGAAGGUUGAACUAGAUGGACGGACGCAAGCUGAGUGUCAAGCACAAUAUAAUAAGGCGGGUGUUAGGAUAUUUGAGAAACAUUUCUGUGCAGGUAGCGACAACGGAAAAGAUUCAUGCAAUGGAGAUUCUGGAAGUCCACUAAUGAAAUUCGGAAAUUUCCCACAUUCCAAAUUUGGUCAUUACAUGCAAGUUGGUCUUGUUUCAUUUGGAGCAAGAAGGUGUGGAACUCCUGAUUCGUCAGGAGUUUAUGUACGAGUUUCAGAAUAUAUGGAUUGGAUAAUUGAAAAUACUAAAUACUAGCUGAGUUUUGCUGACAUGUUUGA